GGGGGGGGGAAAAAUAAAUAAAAUCAAUCAAUAGAAACGAUGCCGCGUGUUUACGUCGGGAGGCUGAGCUACCAAGUUCGCGAGAAGGACCUGGAGAGGUUCUUCAAGGGUUACGGGAAGCUGCUGGAGGUGGAUCUGAAGAAUGGUUAUGGAUUUGUUGAGUUUGAAGAUGCACGUGAUGCAGAUGAUGCAGUUUAUGAACUGAAUGGGAAAGAGCUUUGUGGCGAGCGUAUAAUUGUGGAGCAUGCACGAGGACCACGUCGUGAUGGGAGCUAUGGCGGUGGUUAUGGUGGUGGUGGCGGUCGCAGCGGUGGUGGCGGCUAUGGAUAUCGAAGAAAUGGACGGGAGAAAUAUGGACCACCUGUCCGAACAGAGUUCAGGCUCAUCGUUGAAAAUCUUUCAAGUCGUUGCAGCUGGCAAGAUCUAAAAGAUUUCAUGAGACAAGCAGGAGAAGUGACCUAUGCAGAUGCUCAUAAGCAGCGUAUGAAUGAAGGAGUUAUUGAAUUCAGGUCUUACUCUGAUAUGAAACGGGCUUUGGACAAGCUGGAUGGCACUGAAAUUAAUGCGAGAAAGAUUCGAUUAGUUGAAGACCGGCCCCGCAAUCGACGUUCUUCCUCUGGAAGUCGGUCACGAUCUAGGUCUCGAAGUCGUCGUCAUUCUCGCAGCAGAAGUCGUAGGAGCAGUCGAAGCAGAUCUGGUAGUGCCUCAAAGAGCAGGUCACGUUCUCGAUCACACAGCAAGGACCAUUCCAGGUUCAAAUCAAAGUCUCCAGAAAGGAAAUCUAGAUCCAGAGGUAACUCCAAAGUCAUGUCUGAUAAGGGCUCCCGUUCCCGGUCUCCAAGCAAAUCAAAAUCUGAAUUGAAUAAUAAAUCUCACAGCAGAUCUAGAUCUCCUCAAGUGAAUGGUAAAGGAGAUGCUAAAUCAAUGUCUCGUUCGCGUUCAAAGUCCCGCUCAAGAUCAAGAGAAGCGCCUCUUCCUAUGUCACCAGUUAAAUCAAAGCCAAGAUCAGAAAACAUGUCUCCACCCAACUCUCAUUCUAGAUCAGUAUCUAGAUCCCGAUCUAGAUCGAUGUCCAGGUCUAGAUCUGGCUCUAAGGAUUAACAAGAAACUUCUCACGAACGCUGAAUUCGAGCUGGAUGUUUUCCUUAAAAUAGUUGUACAUGUAAAUGCAACUUUGAGACUCCAAAUUUUUUCAAACUGGUGUUUUUCUUUCUAGUGUAGAAUACAGUAUAGGGAUGAUUGUAUAUAAACCUUCAUUACUGAAUUUUGUUGAGCAAUAAAUGCAAAUAUGGCAGUUACUUUUUUCUUCUAUUAAUAACCUUUUUGAAUUGUAUUAUUUGAGGGUAGCUUUGAUUUUAUUUUCCUAUUUUAUUGCUGGGGCAUUGCACAAGGUAUUGAAGAACUGUCACAAAACAUCUUGAUAGUUGCACUUUAUUUUAGUGCCAAAACUCUAAUUUUUAAAUAUACAAGUAAUGCUAUUGAACUUUGACUUUAAAAGUUUGAAUAAACUAAUUCAGCUCCAAGGCAUGACUUUGUGUGCAGCAGGCAUAGGAAUACUUUUAUGGAGGUGGCAAGGUUAUAAUUGUGUAUAAUUCUUCCUCAAGUUUCUAAUGUCAUGCUUAUGUACCCCAAUCUAUGGUGGUUGGUGUAUAUAUAGUUAAACCAUACAUAUUAGCAAUGUAAUCUUGUCAAGCUUACAAAUAGCUGUCAAGAGCUUUGUAGGCUUAAAUGACUUUUCUAAAUAAAGUUGCACAUAUUGUAUGGAACACAUUAUUUACAGUUGAAUAUGCACAUCCCUCCACUUAUAAUGAAAGUAAACUAUUCUAAUUUAGAUUGUUGAUCUUUGUGCAGACCAGCAUUACAGAUGCAUGAUUUUUUUUUACACCUGGAACAUAUUUGAAAUGUGCAUGGUUUCAAUAAAGCAUUUUAUUGCAACUUUUGUAAUUUUAUUUCUUGAGGGCUUCACUGCUUUGUCUUAAAUGUUUAAUAAGUACAUAUAUAGGUAUGAGUAUAACAAUCUUUUUAAAGUUAAGUUUUUCAAAUUAUUCGAAGCAGGGAUGACUAUUUGUUGGAACAUCUAGUUAAGAUUUUCAGUACAAUGAAAUCUAAGAAUUCCUGGGAUGAAAUUAUGGAAGCUUACACAAGUGCUAUUUUUUCCGAAGAGGAAUUUGGAAAGUACCAUGUAUAGCUGACAAUUGUGCAUGUGUGCUGGAAUAGAUGCUACAGCCCUCUUAGCCUCUUCUAGCCAUGUACCCAUUGUAACUUUGUGCAGGAUGAAAUGUGCAACACCCAUGUUUUUACAGAUGUAAUGUUCACUACUGGUGGCAAAACAUCUUUUGUUAAAGCAAAAUCAGAUCUCUUCUCUGGCAAAACAUUGAUUUAUAUAAUACACUGCACCUUUCAGGCAGAACAAUAUUUGGCUGAGCAGAAUCUAGAAUUCAGAGAGUAAAGCGCAACCCACUUUAUCAAUCUUUGUAAAGUAGUUAAUGUAAAUUUGGGAGCAACAGUUGACUCAUGCAUUAAUUUCUCUUCUCCCAUAAUGGGUGAACGGUCUUAGCCGAAGCUGCGAUAAUGCUCGACAGCAGGUAAUUUGUAGGGCAGAGGGAAAACAGUUCUGCUUUUUACAGUUUUAAAAAAGUGUUUGCUUCUUGCUUUGUACUAAGUUUGGAAAAAACCUUAUUUACACCAGCUUUUAUCUUGAAUAAAAAGGUUUUGUCAGUUGAAA